CUAUCAUCCUCCUCAACCACCACUCACCCACCUUUCACACCCAUAAAUCAACCCUCACAAAACUACACCACACAACACCUCACAACCACAAGGCCCAGAACCAGUCAACCACGGAAAGAAUACCAUCAAACAUAUAAACAAAAUGUCCUCCAACGUCGGCCUCUCCACCCCCCGAGGCAGCGGCACCUCCGGCUACGUGCAACGCAACUUCGCCUUCAUGAAGCCGCGCAACGCUGGAUACGGCGCGCCAUACCCACCCAUCAGCGGCGCGAACUCCUCCUCGGACCACCCGUUAGACAAGCCCUUCAAGCAGCGACAACCCGACAAGCAGAUCCUGGAGCAUGAUCGGCGGCGCGCAAUCGAAGUGAAGGUUAUGGAGGAGAGGGAGAGAUUGGAGGAGGAGAAUGAGAGGAUCGAGGAGGAGAGAUCUAAGAAGAAGGGAUCUAAGAAGGAGGAGGAGGUGAAGAAGGAGGAGGGUGAGGAGGAUGAGAGUGAGGGUGAUGAAGAGAAGGUGUUGACGGAGGAGGAGAUUGAUGAGAGGUGUGAGGCGUUGAGGAAGAAGUUGGUUAGGGAGAUGGAGGAGGAGGAAAAGGAGAGGGAACGUGGGAAUGGAGGAGGGAAUGGUGGUGGUGGUGGUGGUGGUGGUGCAGGGAGACGCGGUCGUAGGGCGUGGGAUUUGCCGCCUAAGGAGAGACGCCAGUUUAAGAGUUAUCAGGUGCAUGAGUUGGCGGAGGCGAAGAUUGAGGAGAGUGAGAGGUUGAGGAGGGCGUUGGGGAUUAAGGAGGAUAAAUAGUGGUUUUUUCUUUUUUUACUUUCAGUGUGGGUGGGUAUUAUGAUUCCAGUUGUUCUUCUUGGUUGUUUUAUGGUGUUAGUGGUUGGUAUGGGUGCUGGUUACGUUUUAUUAUUGUUAUGGCUACGGCAGAUUCAUGUUAUUGCAUCAUCAUCACUUUUGUAAGAUUGUAAGCGUCUGGUAUAUAUAUAUGUACAUUAUGCGAC